UGCGGGAAAUCUGUCGGAUGUGAGGAUGAUUUGCAUAACAAUGCCCAACUCUUAAUAAUACCCAACACACAGGCACCUACACACACACACGCCCCGCCUACAUUCUGAUCAAGAGGACCGUUUUAGUGCUUAUUAAUGUGGCAUAUUCAAAAUAACGCGCACACGCAGACACUUUACCACCCUUACUUUACCGAUGGAGCUGCCACUCGUCUAUUCAUCCAGGAGAAAUGGAGGAAACAAGAAGAGUCAGAUAAACAUGGCAUUGUAAAGAAAGAAGAAACACUCCCAUUUAGGUUGAACAGCAUGGAAAACUCCACGGAAUGGAGCAACGUUUCACUCGAUGCCGAUUUCGAGGCCUGUGCCACGUUGAGGAGCUCUGGUUCGCGAGCCGCCCUCUAUGUCUUCAUCAUCGCUGGGAUCGUCUGCACCGUUGUCGGAAACUUCCUGGUGGUGCUCGCCAUUGCUUACUUCAAACAGCUGCAGUGCCCUACGAACUAUUUCGUCAUGUCUCUGGCUGUCGCUGACUUCCUGGUGGGCCUUGUGGUUAUGCCGUACAGUAUGGUCAGAACAGUGGAGGGAUGUUGGUAUUUCGGUCCAACCUUCUGCCAUCUUCACUCCAGCUUGGAUGUUAUGCUCUGCACGGCCUCUAUCUUCCAUUUGAGCUGCAUCGCUUUUGACCGCUAUUACGCCGUCUGCAACCCCUUGGUGUAUUCGUUUAAGAUGUCCCUCAAACGUGUCAGUCUGCUGAUCGUGGUUUGCUGGGCCGUUCCUUUCCUCAUCUCCUUCGGACCAAUCUUCCUCGGGCUGCACAAGCUUGGCGUGGACGUUCCUUUGCCUGAGAACGUAUGCAUCUUCUUAGUAAACCGCGUUUAUGCCGUCAUGGCAUCCCUCGUCGCGUUUUACCUGCCUAUGGUGACCAUGUUGGUGGCCUACUGGAAGAUCUACAAGGCGGCCAAGCGGCAAGCCAUGCAAAUAAGCGCGAUGGAAUCGCAGAUGGCGGCAGGUGUGGGCAAGGACUCGAGUAAGAAACAAAAACACCGCAACUCUAUAAGGAGGGAAAGAAAAGCAGCCAAGACUCUGGGCAUCAUUAUGGGGGUUUUCCUUCUCUUCUGGCUGCCCUUUUUUACCGUUAAUAUCGUUGAUCCAUUCAUUGAGUACGGGACUGCUGGUGUGAUUUGGGACGUGUUCCUGUGGUUGGGGUACGUCAACUCCUCCCUAAAUCCUUUUCUCUAUGGUUUCUUCAACCGUUCCUUCCGUAGGGCUUUCCUCAUGAUCAUGGGCUGCAGAAUAUGUCUGUACGGCACAGCUCAAGGAAUGGACCUCUCUCACUCGAAAAGAGAUGCCAGUGAGCGCACAGAAAACCAGUAGACUGUAGCGGCAGUUCAUAUGUUUU